AUGGUCCGCCGUCGUGGCCCCUUCACCCUGCCGUCACCCUCAGUCUCGCUUUUUGCGAUCUUAACCCCUCUUUCCCUUGUAUCGACUUUUGAGGCGUCUCAAAAGCCCUUGUGUCCCCCUUUCCAUCCCUCCUCAUCCCCCAGCCCCCCCACCCCCCCACUUCCCAGGCCCCCCAGCCCCCCUGGAUAUUACUUCCGCCCUGGUUUCCGCAAUGGUGCGUCGUCGUGGCACAUCCACCUGCCGCCCGGCGGCUGGUGCUCCAGCCUCUCUGCGUGUGCGAAUCGCAGCACCACCUUCCUGGGGUCCUCUAAACCCGAGCGGCAGAAGGAUAGUCCUUAUAGUAACGCAUCAUACGCAUACUUGGGCAUAUUAAGCACCGGCCCUUAUGUCAACCGCGCCUUCCGCAACUGGAACCUCGUAGUGCCCAUCUAUUGCGACGGAGGGGGGUUUCAGGGCACGGCGGGAUGGGUCAAAGUGAACAACAGCUUCGGGAUUUACAUGGACGGGUGGAAUGGAGUCAAAGCGGUGCUGGCAGAUGUGAAGGAGUUAAGGGGAAUGCAGUCCGCCGAACGAGUGCUGCUGUCAGGGCAAUCAGCAGGAGCCCAGACGGUGCUGACGCUGUGUGAGCACAUGCGGGAGUAUGCUCCCAAUGCAAAGACCAUCAAAUGCCUCAUGGACUCUGGUUCAUUCACAGACUCGAACGAUCGCUAUGGGCAGCCUUUCUUUCAGAGAAUGGCGUCUGACAUUGUCGCUCUGCACAAGUUUACUGGCAGCACCAAGUGCGCGCAAG